AUGGAUCCUGCCAGAGCUCGGCCCUCUCGGCUCCGGAUUUUGGCUUCCUUCAUGGUUCCAGUGCCUUUUUUGGGACACCACAGCCUGGCCGUCCCUGCCUCCAAAGCCGGGCAGCGGAACAGUGGCAAACAUCCUGGGGACGGCAGAAGGAGGACGGAGCCGGCGGCUUCUUUCUCGUCCCUGGGACGCUUUGUUUGUCUGCCUUGUGCCUUUCCGUGUCAUCGUGCUGGGGGAUGCAGCAGUGGGGAAGUCGUCGCUGCUGCGCUGCUUUGCCGAGGGUCCAGGAGAGGGGACCGUGGGGAGGGCAUCCCCCGGCCCCACCAUCGGCGUGGAGUUCUACAGCCGCACCGUGUCGGUGCCGCCCGCCGGCAAGGCCAAGCUGCAGCUAUGGGACACUGCCGGCCAGGAGCGGUUCAGGGCCACCCCCUGGGAAAAUGGGACCAGGCCCAUCUUGGGUGCUUCCACUUGGACAGAAAAGAUAAAGGGAGCGAGGAGGCUGCGCAGGAGCCACCCAGCACCCAUGGCGUCGGGAACGCCUCCUGGGUGGAGGAGCAGAGGCCCCGGUGCUGCCUGCCUGGGCACGCUCCUGGCGGGGGCCAGCGGAGUGCAGCAGCGCCGAUGGAGCCGCGGUGGCAGUACCAGUUCAGGGUCAUCAUGCUGGGGGACUCCACAGUGGGCAAGUCCUCCCUGCUGCGGCGCUACACCGAGGGCGUCUUCCUGGAUGCCAUCAACCAGACCGUGGGGGUGGACUUCCACGUGCAGUUCGUGGAGCUGGAGCCAGGGCUGAGGGUGAAGCUGCAGUUCUGGGACACGGCCGGGCAGGAGCGGUUCAGGUCUGUGACUCGCUCCUACUACCGGAGCUCGGCCGGGGGGAUGCUGCUCUUCGACCUCACCAACCGCGCGUCCUUCGAGAGCGUGCGGCGCUGGCACCGCGAGGUGACCGACACCCUGCAGCCCUCCCGCAUCAUCCUCCUGCUGGUGGGGCACAAGAGUGACCUGGCUGGGCAGCGGCAGGUGGGCAGGAAGGAGGCAGAGAAGCUGGCAGCCUCGCUGGGGGUGCAGUACGUGGAGACCUCGGCCAAGGAUGCCAGCAACGUGGCGCAGGCCUUCCAGAUGCUGACCCUGGGCAUCUACCAGGCGCUGCAGGCAGGGCGGCUGGCGCCCGGCGAGGCAUGGGAGGGGGUGAGGAGCAGUGUCCCACUGCCGGCACUGCACAGGGCACAGGUGCCUGAGAAGGAAGAAAAGAGGAAGAGAUGCUCCUGCUAG